AUGCUUCUCAAGUUUUACCUGGCGCUGGCCGCGCUCGCGAUCUGCAGCAGUCAAGCAUCGACCAUCAGGGACAUCGCGAGCCAAGAAUCUGCCUUCAGCAAAGUUAAAAUGUCAGAAACACUCAUAACGAAGAAGAUCGCCAACGAAGUCUCCUACAUGCCGCCAAUGAUGAUUAUUGGUAAUAACAACGGGAGUAUAACUCGUUGCCCGAUCGAAGAACCGAACUUGUGUGAAGUCUACCAUACUAGUCCCUGCCACUCAAAUGUUACUUCCAUCCUGGUACACGGGGAAUAUCUUUAUGCUUCGCUGGCUUCAGGGACAAUGCUCCGCUGUUUGUGGCGAAGAAGACAUUCCUGCUACGAAUUCAACCAAGCAGGCACUAAUAUCAGUGGUCUAGCGGUAGCUGCUGGGUACAUCCACGCUGGGCUCUGGAAUGGGACAAACCUGCGAUGCGAACUGGACUCACCUCAUAGCUGCUGGCAUUUCGCUGACAUCCAUAGAAAUAUUUCAUCUUUAGCGGCGUUCGACUCGUAUAUUUAUGCAGCGUCGGCCGGUCGUAUUGAUCGUUGUUUGUUAACUGAAGAAAGCGAUUGCAGCAUUUUCUAUGAAUACAACUGGUCGGAUGUUUAUGGAAUGGUACGUUUAGCGGAGAAAAUUUAUGCACUUAAACAUGCUGGUUUUAUCAAUUACUUGAAUAUGGAUCAGCAGAAUUAUACCUCGUAUAGUAUACCUAAUACUGGAUACACAAGCAUGGCCCUUUAUAACAGAAAAUUAUACAUAGUGAGGAAUUCAAGGGGAAUCUAUACUAAUAACCCAGGUUCAGGAACUGUACAACUAUUUGCCGAAAAUGUAAAUGCCGUAAGCAUCUCCUUCACGUACGGAACGUUUGGUAUGCAAAACCAGUACCGGUUGGAGACGAAAAAAUGUAUUUACAACGGUAUUAUUUACACGUGUCCGCCAACUGUGGUGUACUACGAUGUUCACAGCAGGGCGCAGUGGGAGGUGUCAGUUAAGAAUGGCAGGCUGUAUGAUUCUCAAGGAGUACUUCUUGACACGAGCGAUGCCGACGAGUGUUAUUCGCAGAAGGCGGCCAUUUUCGUGAUGGGACCAGACGGACAGCUUUUGGUCUCGAAGUUUCAUAAGAGAGGGCACACUCACACGUCGAGCCUGCUAGCGGGGAACGCGGUGACCGGCGCCGGGCUGAUAAUAGUGGAACACGGCGAGAUCCGUAACAUCACCGCCUGCUCCGCGCACUAUAGGCCGGACGUAGACUUGAACAGCCAGGUCAAGGAAUCAUUGUAUGUUAAAGGGUACAAGGACGAUUUUGAUUCUUAUCCUUGUAAUUACAGUGCCGACUUAUGUGAAAUAGUCGAUGUAAGUAAUACUAUUUAUUAA